GUCAGUGGAGACGGGUCUCGCCGGCGACAUGCUCCGCGCACUCACCUUCCGCAGAUGUACUUACACCAUUUCUCCAGUCUUGCGCUGUUUGGCCUCGAGGCAAAAGCACACCCUGCCUGAUCUGCCUUAUGACUAUGGUGCACUGGAACCACAUGUUGGUGCAGAAAUCAUGCAACUGCAUCACAGCAAACAUCAUGCUACUUAUGUGAAUAAUUUAAAUGUCACAGAGGAGAAGUAUGCAGAGUCCUUGGCUAAAGGUGAUGUGAGCACUCAGGUGUCUUUGCAGCCAGCAUUGCGAUUUAAUGGUGGGGGCCAUAUUAAUCAUUCUAUUUUCUGGACCAAUCUGUCUCCUAAUGGUGGCGGAGAACCUUCAGGGGAGCUGAUGGCAGCCAUCAAACGUGACUUUGGUACUUUUGAGAAGCUUAAGGAGAAGAUGUCUACCAUUUCAGUAGGUGUUCAGGGUUCAGGCUGGGGAUGGCUCGGUUACAACAAGGAUGCUGGAAGGCUGCAGCUAGCUGCUUGUCCAAAUCAGGACCCAUUGCAAGGAACAACAGGUCUAAUCCCUCUACUUGGAAUAGAUGUGUGGGAGCAUGCCUACUACCUGCAAUACAAGAAUGUGCGGCCAGACUAUGUAAAAGCCAUUUGGAAUAUUAUCAAUUGGGAGAAUGUAGCACAGAGAUUCAAUGCUGCCAAGAAGUGAACCUUAUACACACUGUAAUUCAAGGCAGUCACCAGGAUCCUGCCAUUGUUGACUGGAGUUUGUUAAAUACUGUCUGCAGCAUUUAGGACUGAUUAAAUCUUUAAUUGUCUCUGACCACUCGAAGAGAGUCCUGAAGUGCUUAUAUAAAUGUGUACAGUCCCACGAUUAAAGAAAUGUGAACGUAGUCUUUUCUCUGUUAUUAUUCUGACUUAGUUUUAAAAAAAGUCAGGUUAAUUAUGACAAAUGGACUAGUUUCCAAACGUUCUGUUAGAAACAUAGUGCGUAUCGAUAUCUCCAGAAGUCAAUGUAGAUUAAACUGUGACUCUACCUGUGGUUGGAUUUUACAAUUUAAUUGGCAGGAUUGGAUGAGAUCACUGGGUUAGAACACAGUCCUUUUGCUGCUGGGACAUAGGCUUGAAUGUUACUC